AACAUUUUUGAAGUCAUUGGGACAAGUUUUGAAUACGUUGUGCUUCUUCGCGUUUAUGUUUUUGUAGAACUCUCUCUCUCUCUAUAUUAUUUAAUUCGUUUUUUCACAUGCAAAUGCAUUUUUGUAUAAGUAGUUUACUUACAUACUCGUUUUCCAAAGGAUGGUUAUAGUUUUACUAUUGAUUUUGUGACGUGCAUUUAAUGUAUUUAUUUAUUAAUCGAUCAGCCUCGCCCCAAGACAGAACCUCCAGUCAUCAUCCUGUUGAUUACAGUAGAUGAUGCAUUUUUAUUAAGAAUACGAGGCAAACGGAAUACAUUGUGAAAACAGUGCACUUCGCUUGGGUUUUAAAUUCAUACCUUUGGAAUAAUACCUGCAUAAUAUUUACCAUUGCAUAAUGCAGAGAAGCACAGUCUGCAUGUAAUUCUGAUGCAGUGGCAUUACCUACAGCUCUUGAAUUGUACUUUUGGAAGAAAUCGGAAUCUGCUUGGAGUCCUGUAGCCUUGCUUAUUAUUGUCUGGUCCGUGCACGAAGUCAGAUCUCUGUGUAGUGCUUUCAGCAUCUGAAAAUGACUGGCCAGUUGAACAGAAAGCUGACCCUGUUUGUGCAGAAGUACCGGACUGGGCUGCUGGCAGCUUCUUGUGGGGGGAUAUUCACUGUCAAUAUUUUAUACCAUGUGUUUCCGAAGGAAACCUACAGAAAGCUCUACCAGGCCUGGCACAAAGGGGAGCCAGUCAGCCUUUCAGACAAGCUGCAGAGCACCUUCCAGGAGGUCCUGAAGGAUGCAGGGGUGAGCUCUCCGCAGAGCUACAGCGCGUUCGCAGCGUUUGGCUUCCACCCGGUGGGAGCUGGGAUACCCUGGACCCCUGCCGGUGCUCAUGUUGGCAUCCCUGCCAACUUCAACAGCACUGCCGAGGAUGCAGGAGGGAUCACCAACAGGGUGGUCCUGAUAAACGGGAAGGAAGUAGACUGGGACAGCAGCGCUGGCAGGUCCCUCAAGGAAGCCUUGACCUUUUCCCCGGAGGCGCAGAAAUUCUCUGUUGCGAGAGAGGUCGUUGGUUUGGAAAGCGGGGGUCCCGUCUUGCAUGCAGCGGUGGCUCCGGUGUGCGUAGCUGGCACUUGCUUUUCUGCGGUUGCCAUCAAGCAAAUCUUCAGCCUGUACACUGGUCCUGUGGUACUGCGUGGGCUUCUGAACUUAGCCGUGGCUGCUUCUGGGGCUGCUUGUUACUUUCUCUCGUCUGACGCGGUCAGCCAGUGGCUCGAUUAUAGAUCAGACAGAAAGGCAGCCGGUAUUUCCAAAGAAUACGCCAGAGGCGGCGUCGAGUUUUAUGAUAAAAUUUUGUCCAGAAACAAGAUUCUUCGCAUUUUGAUGGGAAAGAGCGGAGAGGAGAUGUACGCCCCGAGUGGCAACUUGUUCCCCACGCACUGGAUCAGAUUGAAACAUGCGCCGUACACAUCCAGAAAAGCAGCGAUCGUCAGCCUUUUAGAAGAGCAGAAGCAGUAAGAGAAGAAAUACGCUACAGACUUCCAUAUAUGAACAUUGCACAUGAAUGUGCCUUUAUAUUGAGUAAGGAAAUGUUAACAUGUGCUUGACUUCCAGGGAAGUCGUGGAUUUUAAUAGUCACCGAGUAAUCAUUGUUCCACAUAAGCGAUUCUUUCUCUACUUUCAGUUUUAAAAACAGCACACACUGAUGUUUGUUUGUUUGUUUGUGUUUAUUAGAAAUGUACAAAAGGUGUUAAGGAAAUAGCCACCUAGCUAACACGUAUUUCUAGUUUUUCAACUUGAAUGUCCAUUUCUGGAUCACAUGUGAUGCAAUGCUCAGCCACCGCUCUAUAUUAUUAUUUUUUAAAUCCAGCCUCACAAGACAGAAUUUUUCAUCUGCAAUACAUUAUGUGUUUCGGGAUGAAGGGGAGGGCGGGGGUAGUUAUUUUUACAAGAAACGGAAUCUAGUCCCAUAAAUAAAGCAGCUUUUCCCAUUUGAAAAUGCUUGUGCAUUGCAGGGUUAAAGCACUUCCUGGAAGAAGCUGCGAUUCCUGGGUAUUCGGGUUAUUUUGAGCGUGCUCGGCUGACCAGGUGGAAUGCUGUUGGGUAUGUCCUUGCCACGCUGAGGCUCUCUGAAGAAGGUUAAAGGGUCCUGCAGGGAUCGAGUCAGAUGGUGUUUAUUUGUCCUAAUUCUGCCCUGGCCAGUCGCACAGCAACCACUACGAGGAGCUGUGUGUGUCCUGCUGUGCGAUUCUGUGAAGCACAUGGCUAAAUAUCAAUGGGUUAUUGACACAAGGGAUUCUGUUUAAUACAUCACAACAGUGGCGGAUUUAAAAAAAAAACUCUAUUUAAAAGAUAUUUAAAAAUCAGUUCAGUAGACUCCGUGGUGUGUAAAACCCUCUUAUGGUACAGUAGUGUAACAUCUAGCAAUUGCUAUUUAUAGCCCUGUCUCAAAUUCUAUUGUGGUAGAUCACCACAGUCAAACUAAACAGAGAUGUGAAUGAAUGAAUGAGACAGCAACACCAUGCCACAUCAUUCGCUGUUUUUCCUUUUCCUUUAAAUCAAAAUCAAAUCAAAGUUUAUUUAUAUAGCACCCUUCAUACAGGUGGAUCUCAAAGCACUUUACAGGACAAAAACAGUCAAACUUAGAAAAACAAAACAAACAUGUCAGAUGAAAAAAGUUUAAGAAAUAUAUAAUGUGAUCACCAAUAACUAAAUUAAAUAUAUAUAUAUAUAGAUAGAUAGAUAGAUAGAUAGAUAGAUAUAACAUGCAGAUAAAAUACAAACAGAUACAACAAUAAAAACUAAAACAGAUAUAUAAAUGUAUACAUACAUACAUACAUAUACAUAUUAUAAAAAUGCCAGCU